UUGAGGAUUGGAUCGAUUUAUUCUAACCGGUUUUGUUUUCGUUUUCAGAUCGUAACCCGGCGUUCCUCGAGCUUAUCCCCGAAGAUCUUCUAGAAAUUCACGAGGAGUUAGCUUCGCGGAAGUGCAACUGGACCAAACAUUUCACGCUUAAAAGAGUUGAGAAAGCGUUGAGAUUACUCCGAGGCGUGUCCUGUUCGUCCUCGUCAUCUUCUUCGGAUCACAGACUAAGUGGCUACAUGGAGAUGCAAAAGGCGAAAAUGACACUAAGGGAGAAAAAGGCUGCCGAGAAGGAAGCGGCCGAGCAGAAAAGAGCUCUCGAGGCGGCCUUCAGACCGUUGAGCGAGGGGUCCAGAGGGCCCGAGGCGUCCGAUCUUCCGGAGGCGUCUGGCAGGCCCGAAGCGGUUAAGAGCCCCGAACGAUCUGGGGUUGUCCGAGCGGUUGCUUCGGUUCCUCCCGAAGCGGUCGGCGAUGUCCCAGCUGGGGACAGUGGAGUUCAGGCUCCCGAGGUCGAACACACCGAGGUGGUGGUUGGCUUGGCUGCUGGCAGACAGGCCAAGUCUAAAGGAAAGCGCCCUCGGGGUGAACACUCCGCCGAUAGGAGGAAAAGGUCGAAGAGCGACCAUGGCAGCUCUCGACCGAUUUACAAGGACAAGAUGGCUUCGGCCAAUCUUGUUGCUUCGUGCGCAUGGCCGUUGCUGACGGCCCCUGAGAAUCUGGCCGAGGCGGAGAGAUACGCCGAGACUUCGGCUAAUUUUCUGAAGGCUUUCUCCUCAAUGAACACGCUGGUUCGUUCUUACGAAUCUGCGAACCGUCAACAUGAAGCUGCCAACGAGCGGCUUGAAAUAGCCCGUGCGGAGUCGGAGAGGAGAAUAGCCGAGGCGAUUUCGGCGAAAGAAAAUGCGGAGGCCCUUGUCGCAGCUGAGCAAGAGGCGAGGCUGAAAGAGGCCAAGGAGAAUGCUCGAAUUCGGCAAAAAACCGAAGCAGAGGUCGAGCGUCUCAAACGCCUGCUCGCCGAGGAGAAGUCUCUUCGGGAGGUCGAGGUAGCCCGAGCCAGGAAAGCUGCGAAAAGGGCGGUUACUGAGGAGUUUGCCAAGCAGAUCGGGACGAUCGAGGCGAAACUGGAACAGUUUGACCAAGUCGCCGAUCGUUACAUGUACUUCUCCCAGGCCAAAGCGAACGCCGAGCUGAUCGCCGAGCUCGAAGGGGGAAAGUCGAUCGAGGAUGAGAAGAAGGAGGUGGAGGCAUGGAAGGAAGAGUUCGGGGAUGCCGAAGCGGAGUAUUCUCGGCUCGCGGUUGAAUUGCUCGGAACUUUGAAGGUUCCCCCGGUUUCACCCGACUCUGCUCACGAUAGCCUCGGAAAUAGGUCGGUGGAAGGCGACGCGACCGAAAUCGGAGUUACCGAUCAAGCAGGAACGUUCCUGGAUCCUGCGGCGACGCAUGCCGAAGAGCGAGACGAAUAA